AUGAAUUUAACGAUGCAACAACCCAUAACCUAUCCAUUUUAUAUGAGUUCACCUCGUAUUCCAUUUUCUGUACCUUGGUCAACAAAUCCUUAUCAUUACUCCCCUGUUACUCAACAACAUUAUCCUGCAACAUAUCAAACUUCACCAUCAUUACCGCAUGUACCUUAUCCAGCACCAUUUAUUCUUCCACAUCAACCACGACAAGCUCAACCUUCAAGAACUUUACACCCAUCUUCAUCUUAUACAAAUACACGUUAUAAUCAUUUAAAACAAGCUACCAGUCAUUUUACUCGACAACGUUUUACAGAUACAUCAAUACAAUCCCAACGUUAUGCUAUUCCCAAUCAUCAAUAUCGUCCAUCAAAAACAAAAUCUUAUACUGAUUUACAUCAAUUCUUUCAACAAAAUUCAUCACAUUUAUUGAAAGCUCAUUCAUGGCAUGCAAUUAAUCAUUUACAACAACAUCAACAACAACCAAAUUUAAAUAUGAGUUAUGCAAAUGAAAUGCCAUUCAAUCCUCCACCACCACCACCACCUCCUGUCCACCAUCAUCAUCAUCAUCAGCAACAACCACAGCAAUAUGCACCAAAACAAAAGAAAAAAUCCCAUCGAAAACAAUCAUCCCCAUCACCAAAACAAGUACCUGAUCAUGGAAUUGUUCGUAUAACAACAUUAGAUGAAAUGCCAAUUAUGAAUAAUCCAAUAUAUCAAGAAAGUCAAUUAGAUCCGAAUAAAAAUUUAAAAAUAAAUGAUAUAAAUCAUAAAAAUUAUGAUAAAGAAUUAUCUUCAUCUAGUUCUAAUAGUAGUAGUCAUUCAUCAUUACAAAAACGUUUAAAUGGUUCAUUACGAAAUGAUCCAUUACUUACAGCUGCUAUGGAAGAUUUUCGACAACUUCGUCAAACAUCAAGUCGACAAACAUCAAUAACUUCACAUCGACGAGAUUUAAGUCGUGAUAGUCUUUGUUCAAGUUCAACACAUCGUUCAAUAUCAUCGAGAUCUCGUAGUCAUAGUCAAUCAAGUUUUACAUCACUUGAACGUUUAGAAAUUCGACGUUUAAUAAAAACAUUUAAAACAAAAGAUAUUAAAAAUUUAAAUAAUUCUUUUCAAGUAUCAUCAAUUAUUUCAUCAACAACAGAAAAAUUAAUAACUAAACAACAACAACAACAACUUCAAUCAUCAUCAUCAAUGUCAUUAGCAAAACCAAAACGAUCUUCAGUUACUGAAGAAUUAGAUCGACAAUUUCGUAAAAUACGUUCAAAUAAUCCCGAUGAAGAUUUAAUUUAUGUUAAACCUUCAUUAAUUCAUAAAGACAAACCAUUUGAUGAACUUUUAUAUCAAACCAAAAGUCAUACAAUUGAUUCAUCAAAAUUUCAAAAACUCGAUGAAAAAACAUAUGAAAAUCCUAUAUUAAGCAUAUCUGUUCCGCAAAGUAGUCCAAUACUUUCAUCUAAAUCAAAAAUGAAUGAAAUAAAACCUGAAUAUGCUAUUCCAAUAAAACAUAUUUCGGAAGUAAAUCUUCGUUCAAAUAAAAAAGAUGAACAAGUACGUAGUUUUAGUUUUUGUAAACCAAUGAAUGAUAUUAUUAAUGAAACUGAUCAAACACGUCCCGUAUCAAUGUUAAAUUGGUUACAAUAUGGUUUAACAAAUCCACUUCCAACAACAUUUCAACCGCAUAAAAAUCAUAAGAAUCAAUAUGAUAAUUCAUUAGUUAAAGAAAAUAUUUAUGCAUCUGAUAUUGAUGUACAUAUACCAUUAUCAAAUGAUAAAGAUUAUCUUAAUAAUCAAGCAUUAUUAAAAGAUUAUCUAAAAGAAUGUAAAAAUUCUUCAUCAACACAAAAUAAUUCAAUAUUAAAUGAUUUUUCACGUUUAUUUACACGUUUUGGUAAUAAUAAACAUGAACAUAAAAGUAAAUUAAAAACAAAAUUACAUAAAAAUAAUAAUAUCAAUAAUAAUAAUAAUAAUGUACGUUGUUCAAUUAUGUAG